UUGACAUCUCCGCUUUGACAUUUGGAGUAUUUUUUGACGUUUGUUUUUUAUGUUACUAUUGUAUCUCGUGCAUACGUAAAAAAUGGGUAAAAAAUCAAAAGGGGCUUCUGAUUUGGGGCGCUCAUUAAUAAAAGACAGAUUUGGAACACACAAGGGACGCAGGUUAACAUCUGACAAAUCAAUGCUACACACCACGGAAUUACAAGACGGUUACGAUUGGGGUCGGUUAAAUUUGCAAUCCGUGACCGAGGAAUCUUCGUUUCAAGAAUUCUUGGCUACUGCAGAACUAACAGGUGCAGAGUUUCAAGCUGAAAAAUUGGACAUAAAAUUUGUUAAUCCUAAGAGCAAUGUUGGAUUGCUUAGUAAAGAUGAAAGAAACAAAGUCAAGGGUUUGCAUGAUAAACAUAGACAAGACUUAAAAAUCCCGCGAAGACCCCCUUGGAGUACCACCAUGUCUCGUGAAGAAUUGGAUCACAGUGAAAAAGAAUAUUUUCUGCAGUGGCGUAAGAGUUUAGCUAAAUUGCAAGAGGACGAGGGCAUACUUUUAACACCUUAUGAAAAAAAUUUAGAGUUUUGGAGACAACUGUGGCGUGUGGUUGAAAGAAGUGAUGUAAUUGUACAGAUUGUGGAUGCAAGAAAUCCACUACUUUUUUACUGUGCUGAUUUAGAGAAGUACACAAAGGAAGUGUCUCCAGACAAGUUGAAUUUAAUUUUAGUCAAUAAAGCUGACUUUUUGACUCAAGAACAAAGAAAAGCAUGGUCUGAAUAUUUUGCAUCAAUUAAUACCCAUGCAGUGUUUUAUUCAGCUGCUUUAGCUAAUGAACCACUUCAGGAAAAACCAGUAGAAGAAGAAGCUACUCACAGUCAAGAUAAUUCAGAAGAACAUUCUAAAUUAACAGACUUACAAGAAGCUGUGAGAUCCUUAGAAAAUGAAGUUGAGAAAACUGCACAAAAGCUCAAUGAAAUUACAAAACUUAUCAGUGGCACAACUGAAAGUAUUUCUGGACAAUCAGAUGAGAUAUUAACAAAGCAUCAGUUAAUAGAUUUGUUUAGAAGGGUUCAUAAAGGGCCAAAAGUAACUGAAAAUGUAACUACUAUUGGUCUUGUAGGAUAUCCAAAUGUUGGUAAAAGUUCAACAAUAAAUUCACUCUUGUCAGUCAAGAAAGUAUCAGUGUCUGCCACUCCAGGAAAAACAAAGCAUUUUCAGACCAUUUUUUUGGACAAAGAUUUAUUGUUGUGUGAUUGUCCAGGCCUAGUGACGCCUAGUUUUGUAUAUACUAAAGCAGAAAUGAUAAUUAAUGGAAUACUACCCAUUGAUCAAAUGAGGGAUCAUGUACCACCAGUAAAUUUAAUUGCUCAUUUAAUACCUAAGUAUAUACUGGAAGAUAAAUAUGGAAUAAUGUUACCAGCACCUAUGGAGGGUGAAGAUCCUGACAGAAGUCCAACCACUGAAGAAUUGUUAAAUGCUUAUGCAUAUAAUAGAGGUUUUAUGACAGCUAAUGGGCAACCAGAUAACCCUAGGUCUGCAAGAUAUAUUUUGAAAGACUAUAUGAAUGGUAAAUUGUUGUAUUGCAAUGCCCCGCCUACUGUUAGCCAAAAAGACUAUCAUGUGUGGCCAGCAAGACAAAAAAUACGAAAUUUAGAAAAGUCAGCUCCACCGAGACAAAUAAGAGCAGUGAAGCAAAAUCGUGUAACAACAGAAGAUGUAGAUAAAAUAUUUUUCAAUAAAACUGGACCAGGCGUGCACGUGAAGGGAAAAGCAAUGAUAAAUGUUAAUAGUAUAGGAAAAAAUGCUGCUGAGAUUCUAGGAGAAAAGCCAUGGAAAAAAAUUAACAGACAUGAGAAUAAAAAUAAGAGGGAAAAACUAAGAAGAGUAUAUGCUCAUUUGGAUCAACAUUAGAGAUUUUAAUUGCUUUUUGUAAUAAACCUUUAUAUUAAGGAAGACAAAAAAUAUAUAAAAUUUAAGAAUA